UGGAGUGGGUCCAGUGCCAAAGUCAUCAUGAACCAAGUGAUGACAAAGCCAUAAAUGGCACAAGCGUUUAUGGCUUUGCUGAAUGGGGUUCCACAGCAAAGUGCCUCGUUUUGGUUUUUGAUCAAAGUGUGUGUCGUUGCUUGCUUCCCCACGCAAUGCGCGGUUGCAUAAAAGGGCCAGCAUUCCACCGGAACAUCACCAUAAUUCACCGUAGGUAUCAGACCUCACCAGACGCCUAUGCGAAGGUCCUCGAAAUCUACGCUCAUGAUAGAGAGUUGCGCUCCGGAACAGCUCUCCACGCCCACCUGGUCAUCAAGGGCUUGUCCCGUAGGACCCAUCCCGCCUCCAAGCUCAUGGCUUUCUACACCUUGUGUGGCAAACCAACUGAUGCCCGCAAAUUGUUCGACGAAAUUCCUCAAACAAACAUUCGCCGGUGGAUCGUCCUUAUUGGGGCCUAUGCUCGCUGCGGGUUUUAUCAGCAGACGCUAGAAGUAUUCCGCAAGAUGCAGAGAGAGGGAUUGAGGCAUGAUAUAAUUGUCAUUCCUAGCGUUCUCAAGGCGUGCGGUCAUCUUUUCUAUGCACGGAUUGGUGAGGUAGUGCACGCUGUGAUCCUCAAGUGCUCGUUUGGUUUCGAUGUUUUUGUUAUUAGUGCACUGAUUGAUAUGUACUCAAAGACUGGACAAGUAGAAAAAGCGCGUUGCAUCUUUGACGAAAUGGUGGAGAAAGAUUUGGUGGCAUUGAAUGCUCUUGUUUCAGGCUAUGCUCAGGAUGGACAACCUGAAAAAGGAUUAAGUUUGGUGGAGAAGAUGGAAGUAGGGGGAUUGACGCCUAAUUUAGUGACUUGGAACACUUUGAUUGCUGGGUUUUCGCAGAAGGGCGAAGAUGAAAUGGUUUCUCAUCUCUUUGACUUGAUGCAUGAUAAAGGAGUUGAGCCUGAUUAUGUAUCUUGGACCUCGGUUAUAUCUGGGUUAGUGCAGAACUUUCGAAAUAAGGAAGCUUUUGACAGAUUUAAACAGAUGUUAAAUCAUGGGUUCUGUCCAACUUCAGCUACUAUAAGUAGUCUCUUGUCUGCUUGUUCUGCUGUGGCAAACAUUAGGUUUGGAAAGGAGAUUCAUGGGCAUGCGUUAGUUAUUGGAGUUGAAAAAGAUAUAUUUGUGAGGAGUGCUCUAGUUGACAUGUAUGGAAAAUGCGGAUUCAUUGAUGAAGCGAGGGGAUUGUUCUUCAAGAUGUCCGAGAGAAACACUGCCACUUGGAAUUCAAUGAUAUUUGGAUACGCGAAUAAUGGGUAUUGUAAUGAAGCUAUUGAGCUUUUCAACCAGAUGGAGAAGGAAGAUGAAAAGAAACUUGAUCAUCUUACUUUUACUGCAGUUCUCACUGCUUGUAGCCAUGCUAGGAUGCUUGAUCUAGGACAAAGUCUGUUCGACUUGAUGCAAGAGAAGUACAGAAUCAUUCCAAGGCUAGAGCAUUAUGCAUGCUUGAUCGAUCUUCUCGGCCGAGCAGGAAAACUCAACGAAGCUUAUGAUAUGAUCAAGGCAAUGCCAAUUGAACCAGAUUUGUUUGUAUGGGGAGCAUUACUAGGGGCCUGCAGGAAUCAUGGGAAUAUAGAUAUUGCUGAAAUAGCAGCUAGGCAUUUGUCGGAGCUAGAGCCCGAAAGUGCAGGAAACAAGUUGUUGCUGUCAGGUUUAUAUGCUGAUGCCGGCAGCUGGGGAAACGUUGCAAGGUUGAAGAAAACGACGUUUAGAAAAAGAUUGAGAAAAUUUCAAGGGUGCAGUUGGAUAGAAACCAUCUGAUGUGUUACAAAGGCUUCGCAAGAACAUUUUCGCAGUAUAUGCUUCUGUACUAGCCAAUCAACACUUUCGGAGGAUUAUGCCAAUUGAUUUUACAGUAAAUUCAUUCUUGUUUCCUUAUUUCUUCGUGAUAUUAACACAAAUACUACUUCACAAGUAACGG